GGCGGGGGGGUUGUGGCCCAGGUGGCCCUAGAACCCCCCCCACCAUGGACUACCAGCUGGACUAUAACAACCCAGGAGGCUGCAGUCAAUACCAAGAAAGUCUCCAGGAGGAUGAGGACUUUCUACUCCUGCUGCUGGGUCUCAUCAUUCUUGUCAACAUUGGGAUCAACUUGACAAUCACGAUGUGGCACGGGAUCCGGAACACCAUAGACAAGAUAUCUAGGAUUAACCAGAAAAAUGAGCCCUCGCAGGAUUGUGAGUAUGCCCUCCACAAAGCAGCCCCAGUCAAGACCCAGGAUGUCCACAUCCACUGUAGCCUGGACCCUGUAGAAGUCAAGCUGACCCAGCCCACUCGCUACUCUUCCUCCUAUGGCCAUCAUCUCCUAAGCAACCUCCACUGCUACCGCCUCCCCUACGACCACCGCCAAAGACCCAGGAGGUGUCGACGCCCCAGUCGAACCAGGCCCCACCGUCCCAGUGCCCGCCAGCCAAGUUCUCACCGCCUCAGUUCCCGACACCCCAGUUCCUGCCGCCCCAGUUCCCACUCACACCUCUACAACCACCAACGGAAGCGGAAGAACCACAGACAAUUUCCCUACAAGGGCUCAGUCUUCCGGAGUCAACUUCAUGACCACAAGAUACCACAGCUGCGGCCACUGAGCUCCUGUGAUCCGGAGGACCUGGACUCCUUGGAGGAGGAGGACCUGCCCUACCCACAUCCCAAGUACCCACCAUGGCAAUGGGGAGGUUUCUACCAGAGAACGGGCCUGCCCUCCAACGUGGGGCUGUGGGGCCGCCAACGGGGGAUCCUGGCCAGCCUGCCACCACCCUCUCUCUACCUGUCCCCUGAGCUGCGUCGUUUGCCCAAGCGUGUGGAGGCCAAGUCCGAGCUGAGGCUGCAGACCUGUGGGCCCUCUGGCUCACAGUCCCAUGUCUGGGGCAACAUGGAGACUGAGCAGUGGGUCUCACCACAACCGCUGCCCCGCCGGGUGCCUCCUAAUGUAGCCUGCGUCCCUUACCCUUCUGGGGGUCAGUUACUGUAUGACACCUGGGAUCAUCGGAGGCGGGGUCUGGAGUGCUCUGAGCCCCAGCCUGUCCAGGUGCCCCGGAACUCCAGAUCUGAGCCCCGGGAUCACUACUCCCCACAGUCCCACCGGCGGAGCCUCCCAGGCCACGCUCACUGUCAGCCCAACCGCAGCCCCCACCCAUCCGUGGGACACUUGGGCUACAGCUCCCGGGAUCCCCAUGAGCCACGGCGACGGGCAACCGAAUGGGCUGAGGCACUGCCCACUCGGUAUCCUCUGACCACCUCUGCCUCCCUCACUGUGCUAGGCGAGGUCACAUACCAGCGGGCCCCAGCCCCUAGCUCAGCCAUGCUGCCCCACUACCCCCAGCCCUUGCCUGAAGUCCAGGCUGCUGAGCCCCCUCUACCUCAGCCCACCUUCACACCACUCAGCCGGAACCCUGGGGGUACGACCAGCUACCAGGUGUACGACAGCCUGGAACUGAAGCGGCAGGUGCAGGAGAGCAGAGCUCGGGCCAAUUCACUGCCACCACCUUCAACCUCAGCCUCAAAGCCAUCUCUGCAUCGGAAUCGGACGGGGAAACUUAUCAGGGAAACUUAAGGCCAGAUGUGUGUGCUUGGGAGGGGGGAGAGCACAGAAAGAGGAAUAAAGAACAGUGCCCAGGAAA